ACCUCGUGCUUCUCCCAGACCUCUGCGAGGGGGCGCGGCGUCGGCGUACAGCGUGGCGCGUUUGAUGGGGUGUGCGCGCGCACUCAUCUUCGUGUGGUCAGGUGUUUUGUUCGCGUGGUGUCGGGACGCUGCGCGGUGCCGCCAACGAUAGCAGAGGCAGGUGCCGAUAGGAGGAGCGCGAUGACGAGCUUCAUUUGAGCGCUGAGGUUCUAGCGGCAGUGUACCAGGAUUAAUCAAGCUCUGAUGCGCGGCGUCUUUUUGGGCUAGUAGCUUUGACCCUACCUCCCGAAUGCAGACGUCU